UGCUCAUCCCCACAUCGGCCGUGCAGGACACGCUCUUCAUGCAGGAGCUGAGCACGAACGUCUCCCAGAUCUUGAACGAGCUGAUGAACGAGAACAAGUACGACCGUCGGAUCCGGCCCGGCUUCGGCGGCGCCCCAACGGAAAUCAGAGUCAACCUGGUCAUCAAAUCCCUGGGACCAAUAUCGGAGAAAGACGAGGAGUUUAUUUUGGACUGCUACUUUCGUCAGAUGUGGGUUGACAGGAGACUGCGCUUCAACGGCACGGAGGUACCUGUUCUCUCCAUGAACUGGCUAUUUCUAGAAAAGGUGUGGAAACCAGACACGUACUUCCUGAAUGGCAAGAAAUCAUACCUUCACAAGAUUACUGUCCCCAACAAAUUCCUUCGCAUCAAGCAAAAUGGUGAAUUGACGUACUCUAUGAGGCUGACCAUAAAGGCAUCUUGCCCGAUGCAUCUGAAGAAGUUUCCACUCGACAGUCAGCUCUGCCCACUGGAAAUAGGAUCAUACGGGUACAGCACCAGUGACGUCACUUACAUCUGGGACACGGCUGGGCCAGUGUCACUCAACAAGGGAGUCAGCCUGGCGCAGUACGAGGUGCAGAACAUCACCACCUUUGAGAGUUUGAAGCGGACACGGCGCAGAGAACAUAGGUUUGACGAGGAGAUCUCCACGCUGGUGGUACACUUCCAACUGAAGCGCCUCACGGGCUACUUCCUGCUGCAAGUGUACAUCCCCUGUGUGCUGAUCGUCAGCUGCUCCUGGGUCAGCUUCUGGAUCACCAAGCGUGACGUGCCGGGCCGAGUCAACCUCGGGGUAACUACAGUGCUAACUAUGACUACAUUGGGAUUUGGCAGCAGGAGCAACUGGCCCAGAGUCAGUUAUGCUACCGCACUUGACUGGUGGGUUAUUAUGUGUUUUGCCUUCGUGUUUGCAUCUAUGGUGGAGUUUGCUACGAUCAACUUCAUCGAGAAACGGCUCAAAGAUAAGAAGAAUAGUCUAGAGGAACUGAAGCGGCUCUACACAGAGCGGCACAAGCGGAUGAUGGGCUUGCUGGGCCAGGCCUCGUGCGACUCCGGCGACCAGACAUCGCUCUCGGCCCAGUCCGCCGAGGCCGACGACAUGGUGGCCGCCCAGAUGGAGUUCUCAGAGUUUGCCGGCGCCGCGCCGCAGCCGCUUGCAGAGCCCACCACCGACUCGCUCAUGCCCACCCUCUUCGGCAAGAAGAAGGCCAAGUCGAGCUUCGACUACGUCAUGGCCAAGCUGGAGCGGCUGACGGAGAAGGACCUGCAGGACCGGUUCUCGGUGGUCGACAUCUAUGCGCGGAUCGCCUUCCCGCUGCUGUUUGGCGCGCUCAAUGCCGUCUACUGGGUGCUCUACUUGUACUAUAUCUCCGACGAGCUGGACGCCGACGUGUUCGCGCUCGCCGGCCUGGUCGUAGGCAAAAGUCAACAGACUGCGGUCUAG